CGGUACGUGAUCGACUUUUUAGUCAACCUGCUUCCUGCUUGAGUUUUGUUUACUUCCGGUUUUUAAUUUUUUACAAGUUUUAGUGUUUAAAGAAUUUAUCUGAUUAUGCCAGUGCAUUUCAAGGGGAAAUCAGAAUACGACAGACAUUAUGUUUGGAGAGAUUCUUACCGUAGUAAGGCAUUUCAUCCAACAAGAGAACAAAAUGCUGUCACUGCUGGACUUCAGUCUUCCUUAAUAGUGGGUGUAGCUGAGCCUUCCUUACAAAGGAAAAAGAGAGUGCCAAUCAGGGCCGACCAGCCAUUUACAAUGAAACCCACCAUGGAACCGUCAUUACAGGGCAAGAAGAGAGUGGAUCCUCCUUUUAUGAAAACAACACCUGUAAAAUCUGAGUUUGAUGGAGUUCCACUCCAGAGCAAAAAGAGAGUUCCAUCUCCGUCCCACAAACCAACACCGGCUGAACCAAUCAUGCAAGCAAAGAAGAGAAUUGUACCAGACUUUGCUAAAACUGCUCCAGUUGAACCCAUAAAGGAAACCAAUGUGCAAAGCAAAAAGAAAGUGGAACAUUCUCACACAGAAAAACCAGCGGCUGAACCAAUCAUGCAAGCAAAGAAGAGAGUCGCACCAGACUUUACUAAAACUGCUCAAGAUGAAACCUUAAAGGACAACAUUAUGCAAAGUAAAAAGAAAGUGGAACACGACCAUAGCUCAGAAAAACCGAUUCAGAGUGAGCCCCCACUACAGAGCAAGAGGAGAACACCAGGACCCACUACCUCUCUAACCAAUGGUUUCUAUGACAAUGGUAUUGGCAGACAAGAGGAGUAUGCAUUGCUAGGCAACCAAGACAAGUUUUCGGAAAAUGUGAAAUACCGGCCUCGCAGUGCAUAUAACAGCAGGGAUAUCUCCCCACCAAAGCAAAUGAAACUUCAAAAGAAAUCAAAAGAAAAUAGAGACCCAAUCCCUGCACCAGUUGUAAAUGUGGACAAGUUCAAGAAGCCACCUACCCCCUUAGCUCCAAGGCAACCAAAAAAAUCUGACCCUGCUUUUCAAGAAAUAAAAGAAUCCAAUCUGAGAAAGGAACCCAAAGUAACAAGAAGUCCAAAGCAGUCAAGGAAUGAGCCAGUAUUGAGCAAAACCAGGAAUGAAGAGGAUAAGGAAAUGGCUGAAAUAAGUGAACCAAAGCAGGAGAAAGUAACAGCAAAGGAGCCAAAGUCAGACAAAGGCACGAAAGAGCCUAGUGUAUCCAAGGUAGAAAAAGUACAAGAAAGUGAAGUACGCUUAAGUGCUAUAAAGGGAGAAGAGGUGAAGAAUCUUGACCAAGGAGAUCCUGUGAAGGAGUCUAUGAAGGCGAAGAAGAUUAUAGGAAACAUGAACGAGUUUGCACAAACUGACAUGGAUAAAGGCAUAGCAGAUUCUGCUCCUGAAGCACCGGCUGAUUAUGCAUUGAGGUAUAAGACGGGUAUAUCAGCACCGAGGCCCACAAAGAAAGUAUCAGAAUACCAGAAACAGUUCCAGUGGAAGGGAGGACCCCCAGCAUCCCCUCUUCUUAAAGCUGAACAGGAUCUUGGUCCAAAGCAGGUGGUCUAUAACAGUUGUCCUCAGUUGUCACCUCCAAAGAAAUCUGUGAUCCCUAAAGUGACUGAGUACCAGAAACAGUUUAAAGCAUACAAGCUGGUUCCCGUUCCAAAGGAAGAAAUGGAAGAAGCUCCUAAGAAGAAAACCAAGCUUCAGAAAAGUCAGAGUAUGGAAGACCUGUCCCCAGCUGAAAUUAAGCCAGCAGGAUCCUCCCCAGUUAUUUCCCCAGACAACAGGAGACUUACUCUAGAAAGUGACCAGAAAAAACCUGAGCCAGUACCAGAGGUGCCAAAGAAAAAAUCAAGACAGGUGAGAAGUGAGUACAAAUCAAAUUUCAAGGAGCCGGAGAGGUUUGAUUAUGUAAGAGGAACAUGGCAUGGAGCGGCUCCACCUCAAGUACGAAUCAAGGGGCCUGAAGAAACAGUGAAAGCACCAGCACUCGCAAACUGGUUUGCAGAGGUGAUAGAGUUACGUCGCAAGGCUCAGGAAUACCGCCAGCGUGCGCUCGGCACUCACUUCUCUCGGGAACAUAUGGCACAGUUAAUGGCAAAACAGAACGACCUGUGGGAGGCUUCCACACCCACUGCUAGGAGCACAUUGUCUGCCUUGUCCCUCGAGUCAGGACUUAGCUCACAUAGAGGAGAACCUAAGAACAUGGGAAGAGGAAGAGGUCAUGUUUCCACGGCAGCCACAUUGGCAUCUGAGGAUGACCAAAGUACAGCCAGACUCGAUGAGGUUGCCCCACAGGGACAGAAAAAACAAGCCUGGGCUGAUGAGGAGGAGCAGAUGGAUAGAAUGAGUCAGGAGACACCAUCCACUUUCUCUGCCGAGUCCCCAGGUUUUAAUGGGCGGGUACCAACACCAAAAAUACGUGAGCAGAUCUUGACAGGUGACAGCCAACACAGGCGGCAUCAUCUUGACAGGACCACACCUUCUGUGGGCGGAGCUAUCCUAAGUUCCCCACCAGACUCAAAGAAGAAAAGAUCAGGGAAGAGAAUAGUAAGCAGAUCUGUGGACAGCAUCUCUCUAGGUACUGUUGAAGAUGAAACACCAAGACAAGUAGAAGUUCAAGAACACCAACCUCUAGCUGGACAGAAGACAUACCAACUAUGUUCAACUACUCCUACAUUCGGAAUGCCAUCUAGAGAUACCCAUGCACUGAGAGACGAAGAUGCUUCCACUGACAGGGAACUCCACACACAGUUUGUAUAUACACCUGCCAAACCAAAAGCUAAGGAUACUCCAGGUGGACUAUCAGCUAUAGAUGAGGGAUUUGGGCAGACGUACAAUAAACCUAAAUCUAGUGGCAAGAAGAUGCGUGACUUUUCCUGGACUAUUGAUGGAGGUCUACCUAUACCAAGGAUAGAUGAGGAUGAUGGGGUACUGUCUGUAUCCAUGCAGUCCAUGGCAUCCAGCUGUUCCCUAGCUUCCGACACACUUGAACGAGCCAGGAAACGGAAGGAGGAAUUCUGGGGCCAACACACUGUCAAAGCAAAAUAGGCGGAAAUAUUUAGAGCAACAUUUGAUAGAGAUACCUGAAAACUAAAAUACAUUUUGAUAUAUUUUUGUAAUGUAUUCAGUGAAACUUCAGUGCCAAAUGAACGCUAAGACAGCUUUUUGUGUUUAGUUUUCAUAUUAUUGUUUGAAGUACUGUAAAGAAUCUCACUGCCAGUGGGGUAAAGUUUAAUUUCUGAUUUAAGGGUCUGUUGCUCAAGGAAGUAUAUAACAGCAUUUAUGGGAAUUAUAUAACCAUAGAAACAUGGCAGCCUUCUAACACUCCAUCCAUUGUUGUUUACAACAUGAACUUUGUUGUUUAAGAGUAUUAUGCUGAAUUUUGUUUUUGUUAAUGAUACAUUACUGGUUUAAACCACAAAAUAUGAACUGUUAUUAUUUACUUUGUGUUUCUAUGCAAAUAUAUUUAUUUUUGGACCAGGAGUUAUGCAGGUACUAAUUUCUAUUUUUAAAAGUAUUCAUUGAUUUUUAAAUGUAUUUGCUGAUUAUUUACGGAUGUUUUUGAUUUUUUUAAAAGUGAAGUUUAUGUUUUAUUUAUACAUUUUGUUUAUGCUGUAGCUUGCUCCGUUUUAUUAUGGCAGCAGGUUGGCAAUUCAUACUUUACAUUUUAAGAGUCCCAAAUGAUUUUCUCAGCACUUAUAUAUUUUUUCUGCUUGUAAUUUUAUAAGCCAGUAAAAGUACAUUAUUUAUUGUUUUGCUUGUUUUAGUAUUGAUAAUUCUUUUGCUAGUUAUUCUAUGAUAAUACUGGUUUGAAUAUUAACUGUGAUACUUUGUUAUUUGAUAAUAGACCAUGGACUAAGUUUUGACUCAUGAAAGCAUUUUAUGUAGACAGGUAAUAAGGUACUAAGCAACCUUAAUGCAUUGAAACAUUGCUCAUCCAAGCAUCAGUGACCCAAACACUUGUGCACUCGUGCUUUCUUGAGCACUUCCAUGUGGUCUCGGGCCAUUUUCCUUAUAUUUUCUAUGUUUUUUAAGCUCAAAACUCGGAUGAAUAACUCAAGCAGUUUGCUUACCCCUUGUAACUUUGAGUGAUUUGUGGUUUUGUAGUUUUGAACAAUGAAAAAUUAAUUGAACCUAGCUCAGUCAGUCAGUAACAUUUGCAUCUACACUAGAUUAAAUGUAGUUGAUUCUAUUUAACAUUCUGAUAUAACAAGUUUAUUUUUGAUAAUGUAAGCCAUUGGUGAUGUCAGGUCAGCCUACUUUUGGUCUGACCUGUUGUUUAACAUGUUAGACAUGUCAAGAGUUGAAAUAUUAUUCAGCAGAAAUGUGUUUUAUUUCAUUUAAACACUUCAUAUUGGUUAUAUACUGCUCGGACUAAACUCUCUUGAACUUAUUCUGUGGGAUGUAUAACCUCUUAGUCGUGUUUAAAUUAAUUUAAAAACACUUGCUAUAUAUUAUAUUUCUUAAAUAUAGAUACCUGGUGAUAAACUUAGUCCAUUGGGUAGAACAAUGUAAAUUGUCUCAUAAUACAUGAAAAUGUAUUGUUUUGUAAAUAAAGUUGUUAGUAGUUUAUUUAUAGUUUGUAUAUUGAAGAAUAGUGUAUAAUCUAGUUUUAUUUCUAUCUCCCUGUAUAAUGUAAAAACUAUUUGCAGUUGUUUUUUUCACUUUUAUAUCAAAAUACACAGUGGUUGUUUACAGCUGUUUUAGUUGUUAUAAGGUAUUGAGAAAUUUUGUUUCCAAAAAUAGACAGAACUGAUGGGAAAAGUAUAUAAUAUCAGGUUACAUAACAGUUACACAAUUUGUAGUGCUGCAACAGACUUGUCCUGUUUUUCAGUUGUAUUUUGCAAGUUCUUAGGACCUAUGUUUCUUACAGUCACCGUGUUGUUAGAUUGGAUAAUUUUUGAUAGACGUUAGCCUUGUUCACAAUGACAAGAAUUUGAGAUUCUAAGAUGAUACUUCAGGAUAUAUAGUACAGCUAAUUACUCAAGUGGUUUAAGUUCACAUGUCACACUGUUUGCGAAUAUAAGCAAAAAUAAUACCUUUGCAAAUAUUACAUAGUCUGAUAAAAAUUGCAGGAGUUUGUAAUGUCAGUUACUACAGCUUUCAUAGGUAAUUACGUUAUUUAUUUCAAACUUUACAGUAUUAUGUAUGCUUGCCACAUUUUAAUUUGGUAAAUUUGUCUGGUAUAUUCAUCGUCUUCCCUAAUAUUUAAUUGGAACAGGAUUGAAGGUUAUAAAGCAGUCUUUGAACUCCAGCAUGUGAUUGGUUAAUUCAAGUUUCUGUCUUGAAAUUGACCAAUGGUAAGCUUGCAUUCCAAGACUGGUCUCCAAAUGCAAAUUUUAUAGUGUUGGGGCCUGGUUUAAUUACAGGAAUUCUUAGAGAUUCACCAGAAUCAUACAUGUUAGUCAGUGGUAGAAAAUUCUCUCACUUUUUAACAUAUGAAGAACUGUUAUACCAAUUUCAAUAUAUCCAAAUAGCAAGGAUUCAGUAGAAUAUUUUUGAGUCUGUAGGACAACAUAACUGAAGUUUUAUAAAGCUACAGGUGUAUGUCUACUACUGUCAAGUUUUUACAUGCUGUUUCAAGUUCUUUUAAGUUAUAUAUGAAAAUUAUCAAUAAAAUUUUUCUCUAGUUAAGUGGGCCAGAUUGGUAAACUUUGGUUAAAGACAAGAAAUUUCAAAAAAAAAAGGUGUUUAUUUUACAUUUAAGAUCAAAAUAUCUUUCACCCCUGAACAACACAUUUUACGUUUCAGUUGUGGCAAUGCCACUUGUAAAAAUAUCGCAUCAAGUGUACAUGUGGUUAAAGAUAUUUUUAUUUUACAUUGGAACUACAAAAGAUAAUUGUAUAAUAUGAGUAUCCAGUAGUACGCAUAGAAAAACUGCCAUUUUCUUAUUAAGGAGGAAUGUGUAUCAAUACAGCUGAGACAAUAUACUGCACAUUUGUAUGUUUGUUUUGCAUAGAUAGUAAAUAUUUAUUGAUACAA